AUGGCAUAUUCGUCCAGCAUGAACGUGGACUCCAUGGAAGAAGCGGUGGAUGAUAUUCUGAGGAACUUUGAGGAAUAUAGAGUUACGACCGAUGAUGUCUUCGUAGGACCAAAUGUAAAAGAUGAAGACCAAAAGCUGCGCUACCUGAGACUAGUAGUGGGAGACUUGACACACAUCGGAUGUGCACUGGCAGUGUAUCAAUCUUUUCAAGAUGAAAUGACCCACUUAAAGUGUUACUUGUCACACUCACCGGUCCAGAACAUGCCAGUAUACAACACCGACCAGCCGCGACCUGAAGACAGGGCGUCUCCAAGGUGCGGCUGUCCCUUAGGGUACAGGGAGGAUGAAGACUGUCUCUGUGUACCCAAACUUAAGAAUGCCAUACAAAGUCCAUUUCCGACAUCAAAAGAAUACCAGCCUCAACAGCAAUCGUUCAAUGUGCUCAAACCGAUACAACAAACAGUAGAGAAGCUAUCGGUACCACUCCCGCAGUCCGAUACAAUGUGGCCUUCACCACCGUCCACUAAUGGGACCAACGUCACGUGCAAGCCCAGGAUCGUAAUGAUGCCCAUAUUCACGUUGCAGAACGCUCCAAAACCGAAGAAGAAUAAAGUUAGACGGAGAUCGCUGGACACCAAUGCCGACAGUGCCGUCACAAUGGACGACUUCUAUUUCGCCGACGAGCCAACUUCACCACCCAACCUGACAAUCAGAUCACAACUGCUGUACCAUCUGAAGAAAAAUAGAGAAAAAGCGGGUAUUCAGUUCUACAGCUCAGGAGAAAAACGUUCACAAACACACGAUCAGAACUGGAAGAAGAUAGUACGCCUCCUAGAUAUGUUGGAGUUAAAGGGAAAGUCUGCCCAUUUGACGAGUCGUGAAGUGACGGAAAUCGGGACCAAGAUUAAAGAAAUACAUGACAAAGUGCUAGGGACAACUGAAUAUGAUGUGCCUGAAGUUGACUUUUAAUGGU